AUGAAGACCCAACUCGAGAACAUGGGUUUGGACUACCAGGCGCCCGUGUUUCCAGGCAAGGCGCCCUCCCGUCAGAGGAAGAAAGGCGCCUCGAAGAAGGGAGGAAGUGCCAAAUCUUCUUCGACCAGUGCUAAGGCUCGAGGCGCAGCCGACGCGCCUGUCGUUUCGGCAGGCAAGGGAAAGGGGCGUUCAAGCCCGCGGAGGAUCAAGCCUCAACAGGUGCCCAGCGCACGGAGGAAGAGCGGGCGCCGGAUGAUGUCCACAAAAAGGAUGAGGUGCUUGUCACUGUUCAGUCCGACUCCGAAUUGGAUGUUGACGACAUUCCUCUUACUCAGAAACUCAAGAGGAAGGCUGAUGAUGAUGCCUCGGCGCGCGGAAAGAAGCAGCGCACAAGCGCGGAGGAAAGGGUCCCAGAGUUUGUGGAAAAAUGGCUCCAACCACCCAGGCAUAAGGUUAAUAUCGCCUGUUCUGACAGAUCCGCAUUGGAGCGGAGUUUCGGCGCUCGGCUUUGCGUUUCAUGCAGCCGAAGUACUGCGCGCACCUAGUGACGUGCAAGGAAAGAAUUUGUGGGGAGAGGUGGCGCGUAUGGCUGCCAUGUUUUUGUUUCUGAACAGAUGCUUUUUGUUGGCAAAAAAUGGUGCAAUGGCUCACGAGGAGCAGCGCAUGGGGGAAGUGGAAGCCUCCUCUUCUCUUGGUGUGGUGCGCGAUGACCUGGAGACGGCCCAGAGGCGCCAGGCGGAGCUGGUGCAGGCGUGUGAUGACGCCACUCUUGAAGCUGCCAAGGCUGCGUCACUCCUCCAACAGACAAUGGACGAGGAGAAGAAGAAACUGAAGUUGGAGCAUGAGGCCGAGCUAGAAACCGUCAAGAGGGCGCAUCAUGAGGAGAUGGCCAAACUCAUGAAGGAAAGGGCCGAUUUGGAUAAAGAAGCAGGCGCCCAGAGGAGUGAAAUCGACCUUCUCAUUGAGGAGAAGAAGACUUUGCAAAAAGAGAAGAAGAUCCUGGCCCGGGAAAACAAGAGGCGCCAGGAAGAGUUGGAGGCGCUUAAGGGCAAGGCUACCUCCGAAGCGCCUGUCUCUGAUAUGGCGCUUAAGGCCCAGGCUUCUCUCAACAGCAUCCUCAUUCUGAAGAGGAAGUUGGAGGCUGACCAUCCCACUAUCAACUGGGAUGUCAAGGAGAUGGCCAACUUCGUCAUCGACUUCAUGAGCAGUGGGCGCCCCGUUGUGGACCCGGCUCCUGCGCCUCCUCAGAACCCGGUGGAUGAGGGAGAAGACUCAGGGUCUGGCUCGGAGUCUGACGAGGAGUCAGCUGGCGAAGAAGAGGGUUAG